CCUUCACCAUCUUCGAGUCGUAUGCGGAAUCGUGACGUGCGAUCCUUAGAGCUCCUGGUGCCAAGCCGGUUCCUGCAGCUGGUUCCUGCCACUAUAUAACGUUAUCCUAUCCGUUCUGCAUUUCUCUCCGACCGAACCCUCAUCUGAACUUGCCUUCUCUCACCCCGCUCGUCUGAACCAUGUAUGCUGCCGUCGAGCCCGAAAGGUCGCAGCCGCUCCCUCACCAGCCGCCACCACUAUCUAUGGACCGUAUUGCUCCUCCUGCGCCUGUCUACCAGACUUCUUCGUCCACCGGUCCGUUGCGCUCCACCGACCAUCUUCAGCCCGUGUCCACCGUACAUGAUGGGCGCAUCUGGUCGCUCCAUGUCGUCCAGCAGCCGAUCCGAGCCCGUAUGUGCGGCUUUGGCGAUAAGGACCGACGCCCGAUCACCCCGCCUCCAUGUAUCAGACUAGUGGUGAAGGACGCCAAUACGGACAAAGAGAUUGAUAUCAACGAAAUUGACACCUCAUUCUAUGUGCUGACUGUCGACUUGUGGAAUGCCGAAGGUACGAACGAGGUGAAUCUUGUGCGCCACUCGGCCAACUCGCCGUCCAUCUCGACCGCUACCUCCUCUUCCUAUCCUCCACCGCCGCAACAGAACCUCUCGCCGACAUACCCUUCCUCUUAUGGCCAGUCACCGUACGGACAACAAAUGGGAUAUCCUCAGGUUGGUUACUAUGGUCAAAAUCAGAUGUAUCAUGGGAAUCCGUAUAGCAAUCCUCAGGCUCCCUACUAUGGUGGGGGAAGCUAUUACCAGGGCAUGCAGCAGCCCAAUUUAUCCGCCCAGACUGCUCCCCCCGGAGGCAUGUUCACAAGGAAUUUAAUCGGCAGUCUUAGUGCGAGUGCUUUUCGCUUGACGGAUCCAGAUAACAAAAUCGGAGUAUGGUUUAUUCUACAAGACCUAAGUGUCCGGACAGAAGGCACAUUCCGCCUCAAAAUGAAUUUCGUCAAUGUCGGCACUACACAGUCCUCGGAUGCCAACGGCGCACCCGUCCUCAAUCACGGAUCAGCGCCGGUUUUAGCUUCCGUAUUUUCAGAUCCGUUCCAGGUUUUCUCCGCCAAAAAGUUCCCGGGCGUCAUUGAGAGCACACCUCUGAGCAAAUGCUUUGCAUUACAGGGCAUUAAAAUCCCCAUUCGCAAAGACGGCGUGAAAGGACGAGGGGGCGGCGGAGAUGGCGACGACGAAUACGACUGAAUGGGGGAUUGUCCGACUUUUAUCUUCGUGUUUAUUCUUCUAGUCCUUGCUUCUUUGCUUACUAUUAUUACGAGUCGGAGUUGGUAUGUUCAUAGGAGGAGAAUAGAGGCGUUUUAUGUUUGUUCCUCUGUGGGUUAAAAAAGGGAUUGAUACGGGGCCCCCCCAUUUUACUCGGGGCAUUGUUCUUAGCGUUUUUGAUCGUCUCACCUGCAGUGAAAACCUCAUUAUCAUUAAUAUCCUAAGCUGAUUAUUUAAUACACUAUAUGCAUAACUCAUUAGAA